AUGUCUAGUUUAAGUAUUGAUGCAAAAAUUCUCAACAUUACCACAGAUCAAUCUGCUCUUCUUGCCUUGAAAGCUCAUAUUUCUUACGACCCUCACCAUAUUUUGACAACAAAUUGGUCAUCCAGUACUUUAAUUUGCAAUUGGGUUGGUGUCACUUGUGGUUCCAAACAUCAUCGAGUCACAGCCUUGGACCUUUCUAACAAUGGUCUUGUAGGAACCAUUCCUCCGCAUAUAGGAAACCUUUCACUUCUUGUUAGCCUACGCCUCAGGAACAAUAGUUUUCAUGGCUCAAUGCCAAAUGAAUUGUCUCAUCUUUAUCGUUUGGAACUCUUGCAUUUCGGAUAUAACGAAUUGAGUGGAGAAAUCCCUUCAUGGAUAGGAUUGCUAACAAAACUUCAAAGUUUACUUCUCCCAUCCAACAAUUUCGAAGGCACUAUCCCAUCAUCUCUAUUUAACAGUACAUCUUCAUUGCAACAACUUGUACUUGAAGAUAAUCAGCUUUGGGCUCCAUACCAUCCUCUAUCUUCAAGAGCAUGUAGUCAGCUCCCAUCCUCUUUGUUCAAGUGCAAACAGCUGCAAUAUUUAAACUUGUUGUCUAGUAAUUUCUCAGGAAAACUAUCACCCGAAAUAGGGAACUUAACCCAGCUCCUAGUUUUGUAUCUUGCCUCCAACAACUUCGAAGGUGCAAUACCAAGUGAAAUUGGUAAUUUGCAGAACCUUGAGGUUUUCCAUUUGGGAAUUAACAAUUUUGCUGGCACAAUUCCACUGGAGAUAUUUAAUAUCUCAACAAUACAAGUGUUCUCCAUACUAGGAAAUCACCUUUCAGCGGUGCUUGAAUACCUUCAUCUUGGUUAUUCAACACCUAUUGUUUAUUGUGAUUUGAAGCUGAGCAAUGUCUUAUUAGAUGAAGAUAUGGUUGGACAUGUUGCUGAUUUUGGCAUUGCCAAACUCCUAAGUGAUGGAAUUUCUCUCACGCAAACAAUGACCAUGGCUACAAUUGGGUAUAUGGCACUAGAGUAUGGAUUUGGAGGAAUUGUUUCUACAAGAGGUGAUGUGUAUAAUUAUAGAAUCUUAUUGAUAGAAACUUUCACAAGAAAGAAGCCCGUUGAUGAUAUGUUUACCAGCGAAAUAAGCUUAAAGUGUUUAGUAGAAGAAUCAUUUUCGCUUUCGAUACUUGAAGUUAUUGAUGCCAAUUUGUUGAGCAAUGAAAAUGACUAUGCUGCUAUGGAGACCUGCUUAUCAACAACUAUGGGCUUGGCUUUACAUUAUUGUGCAGAUUUGCCUGAACAGAGAAUCAAUAUGAAAAAUGUUUUAGCAAGACUUAACAAGAUCAAAUUAAAGUAUCUACAUGAUCAUAGAGGAGGGUAA